AUGGUUACAAAAAGAGGGAGAGCAACAGGGUUUGUUAAGGAGCCUGGAGUUCUUGUUGGUGAACACAAGAAAGAGGCAGUUAUGAAAGAAUUUGGAAGUAACAACUUGCCUGAUUUGGGACUUGGAGACAGUGUAACUGACUCUGAUUUCAUGUCAAUUUGCAAGGAAGGUUACAUGGUGCCAAGGACCAAAUGUGAGCCAUUACCAAGAAACAAGCUUCUAAGCCCAAUAAUUUUUCAUGAGGGUAGAUUAGUCCAAAAACCAACCCCUCUAGUUGCACUCUUAACCUUCCUAUGGAUGCCAAUUGGGAUCAUACUUUCAAUCUUAAGGGUCUAUCUCAACAUACCUUUACCUGAAAAAAUUGCUUGGUACAAUUAUAAGUUACUUGGAAUAAGAGUAAUUAGAAAAGGAACACCUCCACCACCACCAAAAAAUGGACAAAGUGGUGUACUAUUUAUUUGCAACCAUAGAACAGUUUUAGAUCCAGUUGUUACAGCAGUUGCAUUAGGAAGAAAAAUAAGUUGUGUAACUUAUAGUAUAAGUAAGUUCACUGAGAUUAUUUCGCCUAUAAAAGCGGUCGCGCUUACAAGGGAGAGAGACAGAGACGCUGCGAAUAUAAAAAAAUUACUUGAAGAAGGUGAUUUAGUGAUUUGUCCUGAAGGAACGACUUGUAGGGAGCCGUUUUUGUUGAGGUUUAGUGCUCUUUUCGCUGAGUUAACGGAUAGGAUUGUUCCAGUGGCAAUCAAUACAAAACAAAGCAUGUUUUAUGGGACAUCGGUUCGGGGACACAAAUUGUUGGAUCCUUAUUUUGUGUUCAUGAACCCUAUGCCGACUUAUGAGAUCACUUUCUUGAAUCAAUUGCCUUUGGAGUUGACUUGCAAUGGAGGGAAAUCUUCGAUCGAAGUUGCAAAUUAUAUUCAAAGGGUUCUUGGAGGGACUCUUGGAUUUGAAUGUACCAAUUUAACAAGGAAAGAUAAGUAUGCUAUGCUUGCAGGAACCGAUGGAAUCGUUGGAUCAAAGAAGAAAGAUUAA